AUGGUCCUGAAGGAGCUGGACCUGGGAUCAGAUCAGGGCAAUGUCUACAAGCUCAUAGGCCCAGCGCUCAUCAAGCAGGAUCCGGUGGAGGCGCGGUCGAAUGUGGGCAAGCGGCUGGAGUUCAUCAAUGGCGAGCUGGGCCGGCUGGACUCGCGGCUCAAGGCCCUGGAAAAGCAGGAAGCCGAGCGGCAGCAAAAGGUGAUAGGGAUCCAACAGGAGGUGCAGAGGUUGACGCAGGCAGCAGCAGCAGCCGCGAGUGGUGCAGAAUGA